CUCCGCCUUUCCCACAUUUCCAUCAUAUCUAUCCCCCUCCUCGCCUUUUGCUGUCUGUCUGUCUGUCUGUCACUCUCUAUAUAAUCAUAAUCAUGUCCUCAGUCCUGGAUCCAUUCUACCCAUCUCCACCACAUCACAUAUGCUUGCUACUCAAGGCUCAAUCAGGUAAUGAAAGAUCAUAUGCUGUUGUUAAUCACAGGUGGUGGAGCAUGGAGAAGAUAAACUCGCAGCUGUACCUGGAGAACUGCUACAUACUGCAGCAGAACGAGAAGCUAAGGAGGAAAGCUCAGCAGCUGAAUCAGGAGAACCAGGCCCUGCUUAACGAGCUCCAGAGCAAGCUCUCUUCCAGCAAGGGCCAGAAUAACAAUGAAGAUCAUGGAUCAACUUCUUCAAGCUCCAAAUCAGAUGUAGUCAACUCCUCCAAUAACCGUUGA